AUGGUCAAGAACACCGCAAAACGGGAAAAGAGUCGCGCUUGGACACCCUCCACCUUCACAUCCGACGGACACGGACAGGGUCAUUCCUCUCCUCUCCAGGCCAUCAGCGAGCACGCCAUGGACGAGGACCUCAUCGAUACUACCCCUAUUGCUCCUGGUAUCACUAUCAUCCACUCCGCCCUCUCUACAGACAACAACAACAACAACAACAGCAACAACAACAAGAGCCACAGUGGCGAUAUCAAUGGAAGCAGCGGUGAAAGCGACGAUCACAAAGACGACGGCGACGAUGAAGAUGAAGACGACGUAGACAGCCACGGCAACGACGAUAACGACGACGACGACGAUCGCGAUGAUAAUCGCCAUGACAGCGAGGACGACAGCAGCAGCUCAAGCCAGGACCACGAAACCUCCGACGAUAGCGACGAGAGCAUCGAUGCCAACUCGGACGAGAGCGUCCUCCGACGACUCAGCCAACGGAUCGAUGCCCCCAAGCGCAACCGCUCAGGAUCAAUCGGCAACAAGGCCAAGAAGGUCGCCGUCGGCCUCUCAACCUCGUCCUCAAACUCAUCAUCCAAGAUCGUCUCGGCCACACCCAACAAAAAGAUCACCAAAAAGUCAAAGGUCUCGGUCAAGCCUAAAUCCAGCAAGGGUUCAUUGAGCAGCGCAGCAGCCCGUCAAGCCACAGAGGACGCCAAGUUAGAAGCAGCCAAGCCCAUCGUCAGUCGGUUCCUCGAACUCGAAAACACAAAACUCAACGACAAGCUGCUUCAGGUCUUCAUGAUCAACGGCAUGCUUCCGUUUGUCAUCGAGUGCAUCACCCGUCUGGACCCAGAGAUCGCAAAAGAGUUGAACGAGGACAUGGACGGUGACGAGACCAAUCAGGAAUCAAAGUUCAUGACCCGACUCAAGUACAGCAGGAGAAAGCGGGACUAUGCCGACAUCAACGUCAUGAAAAAGUCAUACACCACCAUGAACUUUCUCACUCGCAGCGACGUCUACAACGAGUUCAUCCUCAGCAGCGGUCACCAAGUCAUUGUCAAGGAGUUGUUCAAGAUCUUCAGACCAGAGUCCAACGGCAAUUUUUACCAUUUUCAAAAGGUGUUCGAGACCAUCCUCAAAAAGUUCAGGUCCCACACUAUGCUGACCCUGUUUGAGGAUGUUGACCCGGCGACAGGACAAGCCAAGACUCCUCUGGUUCUUGAAAUGCUGCCAUUUCUGGAUCAGGCGCCGGUUGCUCUCUCGAUGAUCAAGGUCCUCUUCCCCGCCUAUACCUACGGCUUUGCGGAGAGAGUUCAGGACUUUUAUCGCGUCCUUCAGCGUGGACACUUUAUGGAGAUGCUUCUCACCAUGGUUACCCUGGCCGAUGAUCCAACUCCCAGCAUGGGCGAUUUUGUUGUUUCCCUUCUGGACGAAGCGACGCGGGCAAAGGACGCCAAAAUAUUUUUCUCAUGCCUGCGCGAUGAUCCCAUCUGGGCAGAGCGCCUUGUUCAAGGGGUCCUGUCCGACUCGCCAGUGAGACGACACAGUUGCAUUGAGAUCAUUUACUCCAUACUUGUCCGCAGUAUCCAAUUGCCAUUCCAGGAUAUGUUCGCAAACAGUAUCUACAUUACGGAAAAGUCAUACGACAGGGUUGAUUCUUAUCUGGAGCAAAUUGCCAACGGGUUUAGCAAGCACCUCGACGCGCAUAUUCCCAGUCUCUGCAAUACUUUCGUCGGAUCCAAAAAUGCAGGAGAAGUUGUGGAGUUGCCAGGAUACACAGUUCCAAAAUCAUUCACAGUGGCUCGACUCUGGCUUUUGGACUCAAUAUACCACUGCUUGAACGAUGUCAAGGACAACCCAUCUCUUUUGGAGUCGAUCCCAGCCAGCUUUUGGUCAACUCUUGUCGAUAGCUUUAUCCAGUUCCGGUUCAACAAUGCGUUCCAUGUGCAUUUUUACAAGAUGUUCAGGGUGGUCCUCUAUUCGGAGCAGGCCUCAGUAUACGACCAGUUCUUCAUACAGACAGACUUUAUUAAGCGUUUGAUUGAACAUUACUUGGACGCUGAGGAACCAACGGGAUCCAGGGGGUAUAUCAUUUUGAUUUUGAACUGUCUCCGUCUCUUGGCGGACGUGGAGCAGCGAGCCGCAGAAACAAAGGAUGAGAACGCCAUGGAAGAGGAAGUCGAAGAAGGAAGGAUCUCCGAGACUUACUGGACGGACAUCCUCAGGGACCACGCGGUGUGGAAAGAAUUUGCACCUACCCUUCGUCAUGCGACCUUGAAGCAGACCCGGGAUACCCUGUGCAAUAUGGAUCCCAACCUGCGGUUCCAGUUUGCUCCCCUCCAAUCAAGGCAUUCCACCGAAUCCCCCAUGACUAAGCGCCACAUCGGUAUUCCUGGCGUAUCUGCUCGUGGCACCGAAGGCAUCGAUCUCGGAUCUCAAUACGGAAACUCGCUUGGAUUUGGGGUGCCGAUGAAGUACGACCCUGCGGCAGAUGAGGAAGAGCUUGAAAAGCAGGAACAGCAGAAGGAGUUGGAAGUCCAGAAGGCACUCGCCAACAUGAUGCCGAGCGUGGACUGGAAGUUGAUCCCUCCUCAGCGAGUGCUUGACGCGAUGAGGGUGGCAAACGCGGCCAGCAAAGCAGCUGGGAGUAGGCACAAGUCAGCAGCAAAUGCGUCGUCAGAAACGAAUGGCACCAAGGCGGGCGAGGGUGCAUCGUCUGUAGGAAAUACAACGGGAACUGAAGGGACGACGACAGAAGGGACGACGACCAAGUCCAAAAAGAAAAAGAAGAACAAGAAGAAACGGCCGAGUAGCAGCGCCGCAGCUGGUGAUACCAGCGGCGAUGAUGAUGAAGCGGGACAUUCCGAUAGUUCGACAUCAUCAACUAACGGCUCGAUUUCGUCAGACAUGUCUUCCGAAGACAGCUCUGAUGGCGGACAUGAGAAGGAUAGUGGGACUGAGGGAGAUGAUACGUCGGAGGAUGAGAGCCGACAAAAGGACGAGUCGGACAGUAAUAGCACGACAGGAGUGACAGAGACCGAAGAGGAGCUGUUAAAGCGACGGAGAGAGAAGAAGCGGGAGAGGAAGCGGAAAAACAAGAUGAACAAGAAAAACCGCUUCGCUAACGAGUCCUCCCAGGCUGAUGCCAGCGGCGACGCGAUGGAUCUGUGGGGCUGA